AUGACCUCUCUUACCGAGAGCCGAGCGGCCUUCGAGGAUCGUGCGGCCGAGGUCGGAUUGUCUGCCGACGACAUCGCGGCCCUCACUGGAUCCGGCAUCCACAGUCUAGCCCGUCUAGCUUUUGCGACAGUGCCGCCAGGGGCUACGCCUUCCAAUGAUCAGGUCCGCGAGCUUUUUGGUACUCGAGUAAUCAACGCUGGUGUCGUCGCUGCCACAAAGCGACUGAUCUUUGAGGCUCACACGAUGGUUGUUGCAGAUCUUAAGCAGAAAGUUGAAAAAGGGGAUGAUCCAACAUCCCAGCGACUGAAUCCUGCUGAGCGCGAAGCUCGCAUCACAAGGCAGCGGGCCCGGCUCACAGGGUUAACGCACCGUGGAGUGGAAGAGGUCGCAUUCGAGGCGUACAAUUUGGUGUACGGCAUGUUGCAACAAGACACGCUUGUGUACCAGCAUCCAAACAAAUUCACCACGCGUCAGCAUGAACUUCAGCUUAAGAAGGCGGUGAAGGAGGUUUCGUUGGAUGGGAGUGGCUCCUUGACAGUGCGAGACAAGCCGCAGCAGGCCACAUGUGAUACCCACGGAGAGCUGGAGCUGGUUCAAGCGCUCCGCCGAAGGGCGCUCGCAUUCGACCUCGUAGGCUGCUGCUCUUACGAUGCUAUGAACAUGUAUCAUAGCCUGCUCAUCCAGCGAGUCCAGGACGCGCCGCCGCCUAACUACGCAAAGGUUAGUGUGGUUCAGGCACUCCGCGCUGACAGAGCGGCUUUCACGAGGAUCGCUGAGAAGGUGCGUAGCCUGAAGACAGGCGCGGAUGGGGUCCGUCCAUUGGACCGUGCCUUCGAGAACAUUCUCGAUGACACACAUGUCAGCUUUCAUCUUCUGCCGCUUGCCAUUCCCGAAAAACCUAAGCACCCGCCGCCUCCGCUCAAAAGGAAGGUCGAGGAUCAGCAGGCCGAUGACAAAGGGAAUAAGCCAGGUAAGAAGGGCAAAGGCACAGGGAAAGGUAAGAAAGGUGGUGCUAGGCUGCGUGUGCCGAAGGAGUUGAUUGGAAAGUGGAGCCAGAACAAAGAUGGUGAACGCUUGUGCUGGGCAUUUAAUAUGCAGUGCGGCUGUGGAGACGCCGCCCCGGGGAGUGCAUGCUCGCGCGGGAGCAUCACAAGAAAAGCGGCGCUUGAGGGCCUGGGGCCCCUGAGCUUCGGACUGGGAAGGAGCGAGUGUCCUUCCUUGGUUUGCUCAGGGGCCGGGAGGUUCACUGCGGCUCUUCGUGCAUGUGGAAUGAAAGAUUCUUUUGCUGUGGAUGCGCGGGUCGAGGGAGCUGUGUGUCCUAUUGUAUCACUGGACCUUAGCACUGCUGAGGGCCAAAAACACUUCCUUUCGCUUCUUAAUGAGCCUAACCUGGUCUAUGUGCACAUGUCACCGCCGGCUGGUACUGCCACUCGCGGUGCCGGGCUUCGUGAUGACUUGCAUCCGCAUGGGCUUCCUUCCUUGAGAGGUGCAGACAAAGUUCGGGUCAACCAGGCCAACCGCUUGUUCGAAUUUUGUGCUCGUGCCUGCAAGAUAAUGUACAUGCGAGGGAUUUUAUUUUCAGUUGAAGGACCUCUUCAGUCAUUUUUGUGGGCCACCAAGUGGUGGCGAGAUUUCUUCACAGACGUACCAAUUUUCGCCACAACCUUGCACCAGUGCAUGUUUGGCCACUCCCGAAAGAAGGCGACCCUGUUGGUGCACACACUGCCUGCCUUCCUUUGCCUUCAACGCACUUGCGACGGCAAGCAUUCGCACGCUUCUUGGGAUUUCGCUAAGUCCUCUGCCGAGCUUAGUUAUCCUUGGGCUCUCGCACGAGAGAUGUCCACUUUGCUGCGAAAACAAUUGCUUGAUCUGGGUUGUGCCGACGCGCCGCAGUCCUUGCACGAGCUUGAUAACCUAGUGACCGGAGCCCGCGUGUAUUCCGGAGUUCAGGCCAGCAAACGCGUCUUGCCAUUGGUCUCAGAGUUCAAAAACCGGGUCAUGGUUUCAGGGUGUUGCGAUCCCGCUUGUGUCAGUGGCCUUGAGCGCCGGAAAGUCCUAACGGAGGAUUGGACUCCCCCUGCCGGGUCCACUCUGUCGGUGGACCUGCUCUCCAUUCCUGCUGGAAGCAAGGUCCUUAGCAUCUCCACACAAGGGGUGCAGCCAGAUGCCGAAGGGGUAGGUUUAGCGAGUUCGGGAGUGUUGGCGCAACCACCGCCUGCCGAUGCGCAGAAAUGUGAACAUCUAGCUUACGAAAUUAUGUCGCGCCGCCAGCCUGGUGAGCUCACGGCCGAUGACAUGUUCGAAGUCCUGUCACAGACACCCGAAGUCCUUCCAGCCAGGGCCCGAGGUAUCCAAACGGAGGACUCGCACCAGUGGUUCUCCGGAGGCUACAGCCAUGGUCCAAUGGUCGGUGUCCGAAACUCAACUCUGCGCUGCCCUUGGACCACCGCCUUGGCAUGCCGGUAUGUACGCGAGCAAGCUCCGUGGCACAGGUUUGGAGCGAUAGCAUUCACGGUGAACCUUUUGGCUGAGCCACAUGUGGAUGCUCAUAACGACCCUAGCUCUAACAACCUUGUGCUGCCUAUUACGUCGUUCAAACGAGGUGGCCUGUGGCUUGCUGACAAAGCAGGCAGCUCGCCGAGGACCAUAGACGGCACACGAGUGAUGGGCACGGUGCUUUCCUUUGACGGCGGGGGAAUUUGCUUCAACCCACGUGUGCCUCAUGCGACUGAGCGCUGGGAAGGAGAUCGUGCUGUACUAGUUGCAUUCCUCCCGGGAGGUUUGGACGAGCUCGAGCAAUGUGACCGGGCGAUCAUGGACGAGCUCGGCUUCGUCACAUCUGCUUGUGCCACUACCAAUGCAGCCUCACAGCCCGUGAAGUUUACAGCUGAGUUUGGUGUCAGGUGGUCGCCCGAGGAGUUCGUCGAGCAGGCGUGCAAUGUUGAACACCCCAGCAGCCUUUCGAACCUGCUCCCAGCAGACCUUGAAACCGCUGUUCGUAAAAACUUUGAGUUGGGCGAGCACGCAUUGGGGCAGCAUCGGACCGAGCUGAUCAGAAAGUGGAUUGCACGGGCGAACUCCCUCGUUGGUGAAGAGGAUGCGCUGCGAAAGGGAAUGUCCGAUAACCGGCGUCACAUCCUUGCACAAAAACGCCUGAUCCUGUUCAGGACCCUUCUUGAGGAUGCCGAGCACGCUGACCAAGGCCUCUUCAACGACUUAGUGCAAGGGUUCGACCUAGUUGGUAAGUUGCCUGAAAGUGGAUUCUUCAAGAAGAAAUUCAGACCAGCCAGCAUGCUCGAAGCAGACUUGCGACAAGGUGCUGAUCGUGCAAGGGAAGCCACUCUGGCGACUGUUGGGCCAGCGGAUGAUCCUGUCAUCGACGAAGGUGUGCUGCAAGCGACCCUUAAGGAAGUAGACGCCGGUGUAGUCGAGGGACCCAUAGACCCCAGCACGCUUCCUGAGGGAGCCACGCUUACCCGCCGUUUUGGUGUGGUUCAGGGAGAGGUUGAUGGCGCGCCCAAGGUGCGGCCAAUCGAUAAUUAUAGGGCCUCUAGAGUUAAUGCUGCCGUGACGCAAUCGGAGCAAGUCACGGUCCACACUCUUGACGUGGUGGCGGGCAUGAUUUCGUCUUGGCUAGCCCGCGCCAAGGCCCAUCGUGUCCGGUCUGCGAUGAAUGCCAAAACGUGGGACCUUAAGGCUGCGUAUAAACAACUGCCUCUCAGUGACACCGCAUUUGCUCGAGAUGCCUACUUCGUGAUCUACGACCCAAGGAGCCAGAAGCCCGCUGUGUUCAAGCAGCGGGCUCUCCCUUUCGGAUCGCGAGCUUCAGUUACGGCGUUCAUCAGAUGCGCAGUGGCCGUCUGGACGGUAGCAGUCAAGUUGCUGUUCCUAGUUUGGUCCGUCUAUUUCGACGACUACCUUAGCAUCGCCCGCAGCAGCGAAGCAAAGCACGUCGAGCUGGUAAUCAGUGUGUAUUUUAGGCUCCUUGGGUGGAAGGUUUCCACCGAUAAGCUUCUCCCCUAUUCCACUUGCUGUAAGGUGUUAGGGAUUGAGCUUGAUGUGGGAAACGCCAUUCGGGGUUACGCCUUGUUGAAGAAUACCCUGAAACGCCGAAACGAAAUCAUUGCUUCUCUUGAAGAGGUGCUCGCUCGGGGCAGCAUUGACGCGACGACGCUUGAAAAGAUUCGAGGGCGAGCCCAGUUCGCAAGUGGCCAGUUGUUCGGCAGACUGGCGCGGCAGGCGCUUCACUGUUUGUCGGACAAGCCUUCGAAGAGCUUCUGUGUGUCCGAGCGCUUCAGGUGGGGUGCCACUCACCUUGUAGAGCUUUUGCAGAGUGGUUGCUCCAGAGUCGUUUCUAGGGACUUAGGUGAUAACCGCCUUGUUUUUGUAGACGCUUCCUUCGAGCCGUCCGGGCACAGUGGGCUUGGAGGCGUCUGCUACGAUGCCGACGGGAGAAUCUUAAGUUGGUUUGGGGCGACCGUCCCUAGUGACUUGAUUAAGGUUCUGCUGAGUUGCUUCGGGCGCGACAGAGAGACAGUGAUCUUUGAGCUAGAAGCUCUUGCAGUGGUAGUGGCUCUUGAGCUUUUUAAAUGUCAUCUGUCUCAGAGGAACGUUGUAGUGUACACGGACAACUCAGGUGUGCACGGCGCGUUCGUGAAGUGCUGGUCAGAAAACCCAGUAGGCAGUGCGAUGGCUUUCCUGGCAGCCAAGCGUGAGUUUGACUUACAGGCCUUCUUUUACUACGACCGUGUGCCGUCGCACAGCAACCCAGCUGAUGCGCCUUCUCGAGGUGUGUACUCAAUGGGCCAGGAUCUCCGUGCCGAAUGUUCGGCAGACGUUCUGACGGAGACCCUUAAGUGCGCCCUCAGUACAUAG